AUUACUUUAGGUUGUUCAGUCCAAAAAUCAAACAGUAUUUGUCUUGGAUUCAUCUGGGGUAAUAAACAUGAAGGCAGUGGAAUUCAUACGAUCCCUGUAUAAAAAAGAAUUCAGCAUAGAUCUUAGCUACACAAAGAAACUAAAACAUAAAAUAAGUCUCCAAGAAAACGGAUAUGACUGUGGUGUAUUUGUCCUCCUAUAUUCUGAAGCUUUAGCAGGUGGACAGUCUUUGUGUUUCACGAAGAAUGAAAUAGCUACUGCAAGACAAAGAAUAAGACAAAGAAUAAUGAAAGCAGUCAUCAAAUAAAUAUUAUAUGCCAGUAAAGUGUCCUCCAGAUUUACAUUGAAAGUGACUUAAACAGUUGUUUUUAACAUGUUGUUCUUAUCUUUGAAUUUGCUUGCAUGAAUUUACCAUUUACUCUAAGGUGGUGUCAAAUUUCGUAAAUUAAGACCACUAUUUUAGUUUUUUUGUACAUGCAAGUAGUGAUACUAGGUGUAUGCAAGUAGUGAUACUAGAUGUAUGCAAGUAGUGAUACUAGGUGUAUGCUAGCCAGUCUGUACAUAUUAUCAAUGCUUAUAGUUGGUGUGUUUGGUAUCCAUACACGGUAGCAUAUCUAUAUAUUUAUACCCCUGCUUUAAAAAAGGGGGGUAUACUGUUUUACCUCUGUCUGUCCGUCCGUCAGUCAGUCUGUCCCAUGAAUAUUUUUCGUCGCAUUUUUCUCAGGAACUACAAUACAAGGAUUUCUGAUAUUUGGUUUCAGGGUUUAUCUAAGUCAGCUAUACCGUGUGAUGCGUUUUCAGAUUGAUCACUUGACAACUUCCUGUUUACCGAACACUUGUAUGAUUUUACACAUGAUAGCCAAGUUGAAUAUUUUCGUCACACUUUUCUCAGGAACUGCAAUACAAGGAUUUCUGAAAUUUGGUUUCAGGGUUUAUUUAAGUCAGCUAUACCGUGUGAUGCGUUUUCAGAUUCAUCACUUGACAACUUCCUGUUUACCGAACACUUGCAUAUUUUUACACUAUUUAUUUUUUCGUCGCAUUUUUCUCAGGAACUAUAAUACAAGGAUUUCUGAAAUUUGGUUUCAGGGUUUAUCUAAGUCAGCUAUACCGUGUGAUGCGUUUUCAGAUUGAUCACUCGACAACUUCCUGUUUACCGAACACUUGUAUGAUUUUACACAUGAUAGCCAAGUUGAAAAUUUUUGUCACAUUUUUCUCAGGAACUACAAUACAAGGAUUUCUGAGAUUUGGUUUCAGGAUUUAUAUAAGUCAGCUAUACUGUGUGAUGCGUUUUCAGAUUCAUCACUCAACAACUUCCUGUUUACCGAACACUUGCAUAUUUUUACACUAUUUAUAUUAUCCACUUGCGGCGGGGGUAUCAUCAGUGAGCAGUACCUCGCAGUUUCACUUGUUGAUUCUUUAUUUUGGGGGAAAUUGUAUAAGCAAAAGUGCAAGGAUAGGCGUUUGCUAGCCUUACUCUAAUUAUUUGUGCCUUUGGUAUUGAAUGGUUUGUAUUAUACUAGAUUUAUAUAUGAUGCCAAUUGUUUGAAAUUUGCGUACACAUGUAUGUUAUAAGUGUGUUAUUGAAAGCUUACUUUUAUUUUGAUUUUCAAUUGUUUGUACAUUUUUAUAGUAAAUGUUCACUGCAUAUGUGUACUUUUAUAUAGUAGUUUACAAAAGAAACAACACAAUGUGAUGCAUUUUCGAAUGUAGGGUGCUCUUUUCUAAUCAAAAGCAUUGAUUUUAGUUUAAAUAAACAAAAGUUUUUUUGCAAUUUUUGAGAAUUUAAAAACCGCUUUUUGUCGAGCCUUCGACUUUAGUCGAAAAAGCGAGACUAAGCGAUCCUACAUUCCGUCGUCGUCGGUGUCGUCGGCGGCGUCAACAAAUAUUCACUCUGUGGUUAAAGUUUUUGAAAUUUUAAUAACUUUCUUAAACAAUGCUUUAUUUCUACCAAACUUGGACAGACGCUUGUUUAUGAUCAUAAGAUAGUAUCCAGAAGUAAAUUUUGUAAAAAUAGAAUUCCAUUUUUUUCGAAUUUUACUUAUAAAUGGACUUAGUUUUUUUCUGCCGGGAAACAUUACAUUCACUCUGUGGUUAAAGUUUUUAGAAUUUUAAUAACUUUCUUAAACUAUCCUUGGUUUGUACCAAACUUGGACAGAAGCUUGUUUAUGAUCAUAAAAUAGUAUCCAGAAGUAUAUUUUGUAAAAAUAAGAUUCCAUUUUUCCAUAUUUUACUUAUAAAUGGACUUAGUUUUUUUUGCGUGGACAAUUACAUUCACUCUGUGGUUAAAGUUUUUAGAAUUUUAAUAACUUUCUUAAACUAUCCUUGGUUUGUACCAAACUUGGACAGAAGCUUGUUUAUGAUCAUUAGAUAGUAUCCAGAGGUAAAUUUUGUAAAAAAAUAAAUCCAUUUUUAUCUGUAUUUUACUUUUAAAUGGACUUAAUUUUUCUGCGGAGAAACAUUACAUUCACUCUGUGGUUAAAGUUUUAAAGAUUUUAAUAACUUUCUUAAACUAUCCUGGGUUUGUACCAAAAUUGGACAGAAGCUUAUUUAUGAUCAUAAGAUAGUAUCCAGAAGUAAAUUUUGUAAAAAGAUAACUCCAUUUUUUCUGUAUUUUAGUUUUAAUAGACUUAGAUUUUCGUCCAGUUAACAUUAUGUGCAGUCUGCAGUUAAAGUUUUCAAAACAUUUAUCAGAUUCAUUAAAUAUCCUAGAUUUUUACCAAACUUGGACAGAAGCUUCUUACAAUCAUAAGAUAGUAACAAGAGGAAUAUUUUCAUUGAUUUUUUGCCUCAUUUUUUUUAGCCUGCGAUCAACAGUAAAAAUAGGCGAGACACUGGAUUCCGUGGAACCCUUAUAAAUUUUUUAACCAAAAAUUAGAAACCAUAUUUAUGUAAACUCAAAAUGGAAAACAUGAGCAUAUCUUAUUUCAUUUCUCUUAUUUAUUAUAUUUUUGAUAAAGGAGUAGUCCUGUAAGGACAGAUUUUGGCCUCAAAUUUCAGGUUCAUCUGACGAAAGAUUUUGACCACUUUUUAAACACUUAAAGUGUCUAUUUCAUUUGAUUCAAUUAAAUUAUGUGAAAGAUUUUAACUAAUUUAGUCAUUAAAAAUGAUCCAAUUCAAGCUCAAAUAUGAAAAAUCGAACAAAUAUGCUGAAAAAUGUCACUUUUCAGAUGGUUUUUGUCUAAAUUGAAAGUGGCCGCCUCCAUGUUCAUCCUCAACCUUUAUAUAUGUUAUGUAUUAUAAUCAGUGUCUACUUGAUGUGAUUUUGUAUAUAUAUGCAAGUAUCAUUUCAACUUUAUUAUAGAAUUGAAUAGAUAUUUAUUUUAUGCAAGUGUAUAUUAGAUUUUAAAUUUUUUGUACAUUUUGUAUUAUACAAUAACCGUCUCUUGGUGAGGUACAUAUCUGAUUAUCAGUUUUUCAACAGUCAAUUAAUCCACAUAUUUACCGAAACAAAAUUGAUGGUUUUAUUUCAAUUUACGAGAGAAAUCUUUAUUAUAAAAAUUAUUUACCCAAAUCAAUUGUACAUCAAACCUAUUAACCAAAAUUAUACAUGUAAAAGCAUGUGACGUUUAGCGCGGUGAAUAUACUUUUUUUGGCAAGCAAAUAUGCAUUUUUAUUCACAAUCCAAUUCAUAUAGAAAAACUACUAAAGUUUUGUCAAAAUGGAAUAAACAGCUUUAUUAUAGAUUUGUUUGUACAUUUUGUAUAUAAGGAAGUACACCACUAAUUAAUGGCCCCAUUGCUUUCUAUGUUAAAUUCCUCAAUUUCGAGUGGUUAAAGCUCUUUUAUCUUAAGUUCAAAUAAAGUGACAAUCAUUGCAUGUCAAAGCAACACCUUCUGGUGUCAUGUACUGAAAAAAUCAACAUACCUUACAUGGCAUAUAAGAAAGAACUGGUUCCUGGAACUUCGGAUGUACCAAAACAGGUACUUCCGAUCUGACAAAAAGGCAAAAUGUACCCUCCUUUUUAAAUUUCAUGCCAUUUUUUUAUUAUUCAAAUUUAUCAGUCCAAAAUUGUUCUACAAUGAUCACCAGUCAUGCAGCUUUCAUUUGAUUCCAAAAUUAAUAAAAUAUUUUAAAUAUUUUGAAAGUUGUGUCCAUGCGUAGGAACAAUUUUGUGUUAAAUAUGUACUACUUUCUGGUAUGUUCUUUCUGGCCUGGCCCGAAUUAGUGGUGUUACACCAUGAGUGUUAAUAAAAAGGGUUAACAAGCAUAGUUUUAUAAUUAUUUAGCAAUGGUUUAAUGAA